GGGGCAAGCAGUGCUCAUGGAAGCCCAUGCUUGCAAGGUUGUACGUUACUCUUUGAGAGUGGUACUUAUACAUAUACCGUACAUGUAUAUAAUGCAAGCCAAAAAUAGAAAAAUAAAAAAGAGAGAGGGGAAGAAGAAAUUAGCAAACUCCCGAGAAAACUUCUUCAGACUUGGAGUUUGUUCUACUCAAAUCAAUUUUUAUCUACCAUUGCGCGGUAAUUCUCGAUUGAAAAUCCAGUAAUUUGGCAGACUCGAAUGUCUAGUUGAAGUUUAGCAACUUCACCCAGCUGAAAAUUAUGAGUUUUUUUUAAUUCAGUCACCGAAUAUAAGAGUUGAAAAUCCAUUAAUUUCACACCUUGAAUGCCGAGUUGAAGUUUUUCACCUUGCUCUGCAGAAAAUACAGAAUUUUUUGAUUCAAUCACCGAAGAUAAGCGUGGAGGAGGAAAGAAUGAAGAGCAAUGAAGCAAAGGUGGCGAGGAUGGAAGACAUACUAAACCUACCGGUGCAAGAUCCUCCUUAUUCCGAGUUUUCUGCAGCUCAUAUAAAUUGGGUUAAAGUAGAAGGUGGUCGUCAAGGCGGUGAUGAUAUUGCACUGAUUCCUUUUUCUAGAGUGGAUGAUUUUGUGAAAGGUGAAUCCAGCAAUGCAGAGUGCCCAGCUAGCUUUCGUGUCGAAUCAAGAAGGAAGAGACCAGAAGGGAGUCUGAACAGACCAAGAGUUGAUGGUUAUCUUGAGUAUACAUUGUAUUGGUGCUCUUAUGGUCCUGAAGACUACAGGGAUGCCGAACCUCAUAUAGGUGAAAACUCGAGCGUCAAACCUGCUUCGGGUAAGGGAAGUAGGCCAGGGAGAAGGCACAUGAUGCGGGGAUGUCUUUGUCACUUUACUGUUAAACGUUUAUACACCCGGCCUCUACUUGCUCUCAUCAUAUACAAUCAGAGGAAUCAUGUGGAUAAAAUAGGAGCUCCCUGCCAUGGGAUACUUGACCAAGAAGCUCUGGGAACUAGAGCUAUGUAUGCUCCUCGAAUAUCAGACGAACUUCGUCAAAAGGUGAUGGCCAUGCUUCAUGUUGGAGUAUCCUUAGACACAAUAGUCCAGCAUCAUAUGGAAGAAGUGCAGAGGCAUGGGGGUCCCCACAACCGCGAUGAUUUCCUGACACGCAAUGAUGUUCGUAACAUGGAAAGGCUUAUACGCAACACCUCCCAUGAGUUGCAUUCCAACGUUGAAUGCAGUGUGAAAAUGUGGGUACAACGCCACAAUAAGCAUGUCUUUUACUUUCAGGAGAGUUCUGGUUCUGAAACAUUUGUAUUAGGAUUACAGACCGACUGGCAGCUGCAGCAGAUGCUUCGCUAUGGACACAGUGGAUCCAUAGCUUUUCAUACUGCAUCUGGAUCUAAGAGACUUAAGAAUACUUUAUACUCUCUGCUAGCAUUUGACUCAUCACAUAAUGAAAUUCCAGUUGCCUGGAUCAUUACAUCCUCCUCUCGUGGUAAUAUCGAUAAAUGGAUGCCAUCUCUCGUCGAGAGACUACGUGGCAAGGACACAAGAUGGAGACCUUAUGCAAUUCUAGUGGAUGAUCCCACUUUUCAUCUCUCUGUUAUUCGUGAAGCUUUUCAGUGUCGAAUUCUAUUAUGCCUCUGGCAUGUUCGUCGUGGUUGGCUUAAAAGCCUAUUAAAGCAUUGUCACAAUUUUGAUGUGCAAAGAGAGAUGUUUAAGCACCUAGGCAGAAUAUUGUAUUGCACAGGAAAUGCGUCGAGCACUGCAGUUGCUGUUGAAGAGUUCCUGCAAAUAUUUGUCGAUCAGUCUGAAUUUGUACAGUAUUUCAGAAAUAAAUGGUUGCCAAAAAUAGAUUUGUGGUUCAAUUGUGUCAGGACUCUCCCCGUGGCAGGGCUAGAGCAUUAUGCUUCAAUAGAAUCCUAUCACCUACGAUUAAAAUCGAGGGUCCUCUCUUUGCUGCCGGAAAAAUCACACCAGAGAAUUGAUUUGUUGAUUCAUGCAUUGACAACCCAAUUCCACUCCUUCUAUUGGUUCGACACAUAUAUAGUGGAGACUGGGUAUUUUGAAAACUUAAGGGAUAGGUUCAGUUUAACCAACCCAUGGUAUCAAGCAGAGCAUAUCUUGGACAUGGAUGUCCUGCUGGAUGAGGAAAAUCUCCAGUUUGCAAAAGUUGUUUCUCAGGCAGAUAGUAGUGUGGCUUAUACAUUAUGGAAUCCUGGUUCUGAGUUCGGGCUCUGUGAUUGCUCCUGGUCAAUGGUGGGUAAUAUGUGUAAACACACAAUCAAGGUGGCAAUUUUCUGCCGUAGUCGGCAGAUAGCUAGGCCGUUAUUGUCCGCUCAAGUUUAUAGGCAAGCCUUGCUUAGCCUGCUACAGAAUCUUCCAGAUGACCCUCUAGUUCUUGGACAUGCAAUUUCACUCGUGAAUCGCAUGCAACAAGACAUCAAAAGCUUGGAGGAUUUGUCGAACAGUGGGUUGUUACAGCCAGUGUCUUCAGGGACAAACUCCAUGGUGGCAGAAAAUAUUCAGCCUUCGCCACGGAUCAAUUGAUCUGAUUAAUUAUGCUAGCCUUGCUUCCAAGUUCCAAUCCCUGAAAUCAUUUGCUGCAACUGAAGCGUAAAAUUUGCGACCCCUUUUUGGAAUGAUCUGAAGAAUUGAAUCUCGUUGUAUCGGGGACAAAUAGAAACAACAGUUGUUCUAGCGGUGGUAGAGUAGCUUCUGAACAUGGAAGUGAAUGCAUGGAGUCUGAGAUGGAGGUGAUCAAGAGUUCGAUGGUGGAUUUGGUGUUGUAGAGUUUGGAGCAGGAGGUGAAUUUACUGGUUGCUGGCACGGAGGCAUUGGUGUUGUAGAGUUUGGAGCAGGAGAUGAAUUUGGGCUGGGGGAGAUGGCAGGCUGAACUUGUGGAGGUGAUGAUGGUUGUGGUGGUGGCCGGGGCUGAACUUUUGGCGGUGAUGAUGGUUGUGGUUGUGGUCGGGGCUGAACUUGUGGCGGUGAUGAUGGUUGUGGUUGUGGCCGGGGCUGAACUUGUGGCGGUGAUGAGGGUUGCGUUGGUGGCCGGGGCUGUGGCUUGGUAGGUGGAGGCGGAGAAAAGGCAGGCGGAGCUGGAGACGGCUUAGCAGGGAUCGGCGAUGGGAGUGGUUGUGGGGGCGUGCAAGGCAGCACCUUUGGUGGUUCUGGGUCGGAAUGAUUACAUUUAAAGCUAUUACAGUCAACCGUCCGAGACAAAAACCUUUGGCACUCCAAAGUAGAUCUUUGGUUCGGCCUGCCUCUUAAACAAUUCAUUCUAUCAUCAAACUUGUGCAGCUUUGGGCAUGAAGAAGACUCUUCGGAGAAGAAAUUGUAGUCGUAUGCAAAGUUCACCAAAUUCGGAAGCUCACAUAUCUGAUCAGCAAUCUUUCCAGACAUCAUGUUGUGUGCCAGAUUCAGCUGCUCCAGGCUGUCCAUUUCUCCAAUACUAUGAGGUAAUGGACCUACGAUCUGGUUAUCGCUCAAAUCUAGCACGGUCAAGUUCUUCAGCUUCGAGAUCUCACUUGGGAAACACGAUGAUAGACCUGUGUUUAUGAGAAUCAAUUCGUUUAAGGUUUCUCCCAUUUCGCCUAAACCUGCAGGAACACAUCCGCCAAAAUUGUUGUGCGCCAGGACGAUGACGGAUACACGUGACUUGCCGAUGUUGUCAGGUAAGGCGGAAGAAAAUCUGUUGUUGUUGACGAAUAUAGCAUCAAGAUCUGUCUCAAAGAGUUUCCUCGGGAGCUCGCCUUCGAAUUCGUUGAAACGAAUGUCUAGGUACCUCAGGCUUGGUAGUUGGAGCAUGACUUCAGGGAACGUGCCUGCAAAGCGAUUGUUGCUUAGAUCUAGCUCGUGGAGGCGCUUCAUGUUGACAAAACUUUGGGGAAUCGUCCCACAAAAUCUAUUCGAGUUUAAGUGGAUUAAGGCAAGAUCAUACAGCAGGCCCAGCUCAUUGGGGAGGCUCCCCGCGAUGUCUCCAUGGUUGAGAUCAAUGCCUGAAACCGUAAGCUCGUGCGGAUACUCAGGCGUAGGCCAACAGAACACACCGGUGUAGUUGCAAACGUCUUCUCCGACCCAGUUGGCAGUGAUGUUCUUUGGAUCAGAGAGGAUGGCUUCCUUCCAAGCUUGUAAUGCAAUGUAGCCAUUCCUCAACCUAGGGUUCGGAAUCUCGAGCCCGGGCUCGACUGCUAGAGGAUCCCCGUUGUAGGACAGGAGCUGCCUCUGGUGACGAGGAUCAUCCGUGACGUUGGGGGCAUGAUGAUCGACAGACCUCACCUCCUGAUGAGAGGCGGAGGCGUGCAGGAGGAGAAAGAUGGUGCAGAGAAACAAGAUUUUCGAGGCGUGAAAACGACGAAAAUGGUAAAUCUCUCCCUUCAUUGUUUUUGAAUUCGUUUGUUAUGAGUUUUGGAGCUGCAUUGAAUGAGGCCUUGUUGUAGAUCUGAUUGAUUUUGAGUGAGUGAGUUUGCUGUUGAGAAUAACUGAGGUGUAGCAUGAAUUUUGAUUUUUCUGUUGCUGAAUAGUUAGUUUAGAUGAGAUUUUCAUGCAUUUUGUUUAGUGUAUGUUAGUUAAUAUCCACCACAUAUAUGUGUAUGUAUUUAGGUAUUAAAUUUUGUGUAUAAUGUAUUUCAUAUGCUGUAAUAUUUACAAAAAUGUGUAUAUUUUAAAGGAAUUUGAAUAUUUUAGUAUAGUCA